CGGCACGGUACCUAUUCUGGUAAUACAGAAGUGACUCGGAUCAGUUGGUAUUUUAAUUCAGAUGAAAAUGAAUCAUGAAUACAGAGACUCUCGAUUCUAAGAGGAAGGAUUCUAUCACAAUUGUAACUGGUUUUGGAGAUAAAACACCAAAGAAAGUAUCAGACUUCAAAUUGGCGAGAUCUCGAGUUAUCCGACAGGGCUUGUUAAAAAUUUUAUCAGCCAAAAACUGCACCCAGGGUGUAAAAAGAAUCCGGUUGAAAUGGAACAAAGCGCGAUUCACAAAUAGAAUGCUGUGUGCUUCUAGUGCAGAUCCAACAAAUAUACAAGACGCAUGUAUAGGAGACAGUGGUGGACCUUUGCUACAACGGGUGGUUUCAUCUUCUGGUCAUUUUUACUGGAUUCAAGUUGGAAUUAUCAGUUGGGGAUGGGGGUGCGCAAAUACAGACACUGACGGAUAUACAUACCCAGGGUAUUACACUGAUGUCACAUCGGUAGUUCAAUGGAUUCAUGAAACUAUUCAAAAGUACAUGAAGGAAGAAGCGGCUGAAAAAUCAAACAAACCGAUGGAAAACCCGCGCAUUGAGCGUAAAAGCAAGAUCAUUGUAUAUAUUUAUGAGGCAAAGAGAGAAAUCGUUCACAAAUUUACUCUCAAUAGACAAACAACGAUUCUCCAUAUAAAACAAGAAAUGGAGAAUCUUUUCGGAUAUCGCAAAGAACGCCAACAACUAUUUUAUGGCCAAACAGAACUUAAAGGAAUCAGGACGUUGCAAUACUAUCAUUUUCGUUCCGGGAAAGUAAUAUAUCUUACUUUGAAAAAGAAUGCAGAUGGAACAUGCUAACUACAUGCCAUAGACACCUAAGUUCAAUUAUUUAUUAUGUACUUGGAGCAAGCAACUAAUGUCAUCCGACAUAAAGGAAGAAAAGAAAGUGUCAUUUAUGGUUGACAUCCAUUUAAUAUAAUUUUCAUAUAACAUUUAAACAUGCUUCGUACUUAAAUUGUAAAACUUAAAUAAAAAAUAAGGUGGAAGUGAAUAAUGGCUGUCUUAGAGACUUAGACAGUACUUAUAUCCAAGUAAAAAAGCCAAAGAAGAGGGCCAUUGUUCUUUCUCAUACACGAACGAGUUAUUAAAAGAUCAAAAGCAUGUUGUGUUCAAAUUACUUUGGCGCCACCGUAACAAAACCACUUUAAUGGUGAAUGGAAUUCAUUAUUGUUUGAUCUUCCAUUCUGUCAUUUCAUAUCGUUUUACUUUAAGCACGGGCUAUCAUAUUCUGACUAAAGCACUAAGAAAUUACGACCAACCACUGUGAUAAUAAUAUCUGCAUGAAGAACAUGCAUUCGAAGUGUUAUCAUUUAAACCGAACGAAAUAUCAACGUCAACGAUUUGUUGGGGUAAAACGUUUUGUCGUUAGAGGGCGCUAGUGUGAAACUCCAAAUAUGUUAUUUCAUUUUGUGAUUUACUUCGAAAUUGAUUUCGCUUUGCAAUUUAUUUUUUCUGACUUUUUUGUGUACUUAUGGAAUAUACUAUUUGAUAUUAUUGUUGUAUUAUAUGGUAAAUAAACCAUGCAAAUUUGAGUCAAUUGUCGCAUAAUUACACAC